GGCGGUGGUCCGCCAUUUCGUGGACGCCAGGUCAGCGAGAGCAUCUGCGGGAGCCGGGCCGGAGGGGAGCGGGAAGCGGGAAGACCCAUCCGAGGGUGUGUGGUUUUGAGCGUCUGCUUUGUAACCCAAGAUUUCGAAAUGCAUCGUGAUUCCUGUCCACUGGACUGUAAAGUUUAUGUAGGUAAUCUUGGAAACAAUGGUAACAAGACUGAAUUGGAACGAGCUUUUGGCUAUUAUGGACCACUCCGAAGUGUGUGGGUUGCUAGAAACCCUCCCGGCUUCGCUUUUGUUGAAUUUGAAGAUCCCCGAGAUGCAGCUGAUGCUGUUCGAGAGCUAGAUGGGAGAACACUGUGUGGCUGCCGAGUAAGAGUGGAACUCUCGAAUGGUGAAAAGAGAAGUAGAAAUCGUGGCCCACCUCCUUCUUGGGGUCGUCGCCCUCGAGAUGAUUAUCGGAGAAGGAGUCCUCCACCUCGUCGCAGAUCUCCAAGACGGAGAAGCUUCUCCCGCAGCCGGAGCAGGUCCCUUUCUAGAGAUAGGAGGAGAGAGAGAUCACUGUCUCGGGAGAGAAAUCACAAGCCGUCCCGAUCCUUUUCUAGGUCUCGUAGCCGAUCUAGGUCAAAUGAAAGGAAAUAGAAGACCAGUUUGCAAGAGGAGUGGUGUACAGGAAAUAACUUCAUUUGACAGGAGUAUGUACAGAAAAUUCAAGUUUUGUUUGAGACUUCAUAAGCUUGGUGCAUUUUUAAGAUGUUUUAGCUGUUCACAUUUGUUUGUCUCUUGGAACAGUGACACAUAAAGAUGUAAUUCUCUAUGAUUUGAAUGGAUCAUAUGAGGCAUGUAAUAUUAAGAGUUGUUACUUUACAAUGUUCCCUUAAGCAAAAUUGAAUUUGCUUUGAAGUUUAGUCUUACAUAGACUGAUAAUAAACCUAUUAACUCCUGCCCAGUUAAAGCUUGACAUUUCAUAUUAUGAAGACAAAACUGGCAAAAAUUGAAGAGUUUUUCCAUAGUUGAGAUAGUGUGCCUGCAGCUGUAAUUGAACAGUCUUUAAAAGCUGCUGUGAACCCAAGUCAGCAGCUAAAAAUUAAGCUGCACUGUUAAACUAGGUUAGAGGUUUAAAAUAAAAUGAAUCCUAGUUGUCUUCGUACUGGGCAGAGGUGGUCCAGUUGGUGUAGAAUUGGAAGUUUCAAGAAAGUUUACUUUUGCUUUAGGUCAUAAGUUCAUUUUAACAGGAUUGCUGUAUAUGAACACACAGCUCUAUGUAACAUUCUCUCUUUGGAAAUUUGAAACUAUUCAAGAUACCAAUGUCCUGCCAGUUUAAGGGUACAUUGUAGAGCUGAACUUUGAGUUACUGUGCAAGAUUUUUUUUCAUGCUGUCAUUUGUAAUAUGUUUGUGAGAAUCCUUGGGAUUAAAGUUUUGGUUACAAAUUGUUGUUUAACCUGAAAGCCUGUUUUUCCUUGCAAAACUAAAAUCUGUGAGCUUGGUAUCAAGUCCAGGUAUAACAUUCCUAUUGGAAGCCAUACUUAUAUUUUCUUGUAAAGUGCUUUUGAAUUAAUAAAAUAUUAGCAUAAUUGUGUAAUAGUCGAACCCACUA